CGACUCUCUACUACAAUAUUCUUCUGCACCAUUCAAUCGAAAAAAUCAAAAAAACAAAAAAGUACAACAAUAAUAAUAAAAAAAAAGUUUGCAAAUAAAAACGAAAAUGCUACUGUAGCGGAAAAGAAGUUACACACAUGAGUGUAGUUGUUAUUAUUGUUAGAAAUGCAAAAUACAAAAGAAAAAACCGAAAAAUACAACAAAAUAGUUAGAAAAUAACAGUGAAACGGUAAAAAAAAACGCAAAAGAAGAAGCAAAAAAAAAACAGAAAUAGAUAAUAAUAAAUAAAAAUAAAUGUAAACACGCGUAUAUUUGUGUAUGUGAAGUUAGACAUUUGAAAAAAAAAACGUAAAUCCAUAAACAGUUGAGUUUUUAUUGUUUUUUUACUUCUCUUUUUGUUCCACUGUGAAGUGUGGAAUGUAUGUGGAACGUAAAUGAACGAAUGAACAUCCAUUUACUUUUUAUAAAAGUGUUGUACGUUUGUGCAUUAAUUAAAGUGGAGAAGAAAUUUUUGUGUAAAAUAAUCCAUAUUAAGAAGUGACAAUUGUGUUAAUAAUCCAUACUAGAACUGUUAAAUUGAAUGCUUUUGUUAACAACCAACAAAAUAAACAAAUACACACCACACCGCAAGUGCAAAGAAAAUUAAAAGCAACAGCAUACGAUACGAAAAAAAGAAGAAAUCUCAUCACUGAUACAGAUUCUGAUAGCUGGCUAAUUUCUCCAGAAUAUCUCCCAUUUACUACACACAAUCUCAAUUAUAUAAUUGCUAUAAUACUAAGCAAGUAUAAAUAAUUUCCCCGGUGAUUUGGUUUAGAGAAAUAAUGGCAGUUAUAAUUGGAUAGACAGCAAACAUGAAAAAGAAAAUGCUACAAAAUAAAAUAUUUAAUUCAACGUAAUGGCAGUUAAAGAACGUAUAUGAACAAUAUAAGCAAAAUGUUGCUUUAAUUAAAAAUAAUAAUAAGAAGUACAAGAUUCAUUCUACCAAACAAGUAGUACUCAGGUGCCCAACAUUUAAAGAACUUAAUAAUUAUCUAUCAAUCUUCAACUAUAUUUUUGAUUGGAAAAAAAAUAGGAAUGACUGAUAAACAAUUGCUACAUCAACACUUUUGAAAAUCCUCAAUCAUCCUCAAAACCAUAAAACUUAUAAAUAAUUUAAAUACGAAGCACGAUUUAAGUUUAUUUGUGGAUUUAUUCUUAAUCAUUUGGCGAAGUUGCAUCUACAACAUACUACAACAUCAACUACUGCUACAACACCAACAAUACCAGCAGCAGCAACAACAACAAUUACAACAACAACAUAUUAAAGAACAAGAAAAAGAACACCAAAAACCACAUACAAUCACACAACAGCAACAACAAUCUAAACGGCUAUCGGAGCUACGAAGUACGAUUAAGUCUUCAACAGCGACUACGAUUACGACGACUACGACCACGACGACGGAGGAGACAAUUUCCACGAUUAAUCAAGUAUCACACUACUACUACCACCACCAAAAGCAGCAACAACAUUAAAGAGAAGAAUUAACACGAGCAAGACCCCUCUCAACAGGAAGAAAGAAAGGAGGGUGGAGAAAGAGGUGUUAGAGAAGUUAAAGACGAAAAAGAAGCCAACGACUGCGACGACGGAGACGACUACACAACAAUCUGUGAUUGACGUGGUGUGGUCCUUUAUUUUGUUGCCGCAAUAGAUUUUCUCAAGUGUGCCAUCGCGAUGGCUGCUCCAGCAGCCUGUACGCGUUUCUCGGACAAUUAUGAGAUUAAAGAAGAGCUGGGCCGAGGCGCUUUUUCGAUUGUAAAACGUUGCGUUCAAAAAUCCACAGGCAAUGAGUUUGCUGCAAAAAUUAUCAAUACCAAAAAGUUAACAGCACGCGAUUUUCAAAAGUUGGAGCGCGAGGCGAGAAUCUGCCGCAAGCUACACCAUCCAAAUAUUGUGCGACUGCACGACAGCAUACAGGAGGAGAACUAUCACUAUUUGGUGUUCGAUCUGGUGACCGGGGGCGAAUUGUUUGAGGAUAUUGUUGCAAGGGAAUUCUAUUCGGAGGCGGAUGCAUCGCAUUGUAUUCAGCAGAUAUUGGAAUCGGUAAAUCACUGCCACUCGAAUGGUGUGGUCCAUCGUGAUCUGAAGCCGGAAAACUUACUAUUAGCUAGCAAGGCCAAGGGUGCCGCUGUAAAACUGGCCGACUUUGGUCUGGCCAUUGAGGUGCAAGGUGAUCAUCAGGCCUGGUUCGGUUUUGCCGGCACUCCUGGCUACCUCUCACCGGAGGUGCUCAAAAAGGAACCCUACGGCAAGCCAGUGGACAUUUGGGCUUGUGGUGUUAUCUUAUACAUUUUGCUCGUUGGUUAUCCACCGUUUUGGGAUGAGGACCAGCACCGUCUGUAUUCCCAGAUCAAGGCUGGAGCUUACGAUUACCCAUCGCCCGAAUGGGAUACGGUAACACCAGAAGCCAAAAAUCUCAUCAAUCAAAUGCUUACCGUCAAUCCCCACAAGCGCAUCACGGCGGCCGAAGCCCUCAAACACCCCUGGAUAUGCCAGCGCGAGCGUGUUGCCUCCGUGGUACACCGCCAAGAAACUGUUGAUUGCCUCAAGAAGUUCAAUGCCCGUCGCAAGCUGAAGGGCGCCAUCUUGACCACCAUGCUGGCCACGCGCAACUUCUCCAGCAAGAGCAUGGUCACCAAAAAGGGCGAGGGCUCGCCCGUCAAGGACUCGACCGACUCAUCCAACACCACGUUGGAGGACGACGACGUCAAGGCCAGGCGCCAGGAGAUCAUUAAAAUCACGGAACAACUGAUUGAGGCCAUCAACAGUGGUGAUUUUGAUGCCUACACCAAAAUCGGUGAUCCGCAUUUGACUGCUUUCGAGCCGGAGGCCCUCGGCAAUCUGGUCGAAGGAAUUGACUUUCACAAAUUCUACUUUGAAAAUGUCUUGGGCAAAAAUUGCAAAGCCAUCAAUACUACCAUUUUAAAUCCACACGUCCAUCUCUUGGGCGAGGAUGCCGCUUGUAUUGCUUAUGUACGCUUAACUCAAUAUAUCGAUAAACAGGGUCAUGCCCACACCCAUCAGUCGGAGGAGACACGUGUCUGGCAUAAACGCGACAACAAAUGGCAGAAUGUCCAUUUCCAUCGUAGUGCUUCGGGCAAAGCUAGUGGAGCAACGACAUUUGAUUUUGUAUCCCAAAAGUAGACUACAACUGCUACGACUUCUACGACUUCGACGAUUACAACCAAAAUACAACAAAAACAACAACAAUGACGACGACCACGACGACGACGACGAAAGCCACGACGACAGUAUGUCUACCACUAUAUAAACUAUAACAAAAACAACAAAAACUACUUACAACAAAACAGGAUUAUUUGUGUGUGUGUGUGCAAGCGAAGGAGAAGAAGAAGAAGUGGAAAGAAGAGCUAAAGGAGGAAGAUGAAUCAGAACAAGAUGAUGAAACAAAAUAGAAUACCGAAGAUGAAGAAUUAUAAUAGAAGAGAAGAAAGAACAGCAGCAUAUUUAAUUAAAAGCGAAUGAGGAAAAAAUAAACUUUUUUUAUUGAACAAAACAAAAAAAAAACCAAACAAACAAACAAAAAAUAUAAAAAAUAAAACCGUGCAAAAAAACUUUUUAUUUUUUAGAGUGCAAGAGAAAGAUGUUGAAGAAGAUACAGAAGAAUAUUAGAAGAAGAACUUGAAGAUGAAUUUUUAUUUUAUUUUUCGGAACAAGAAGAAGAGGAAGGAGAAGAAGCCGCAGCAGCAGCAGCACUUGUCAGUGUUAAAAUUACACAGAUAUUUUUUGCGUCUACGUCACCAUUUUUUUCUUACUUUAGACUCUUAUAAAAAAUAUACUUAUAAUUAUAAAUUAAAACAAAACAAAAAAAUAAUAAAAACAAAAAAAUACAAAAAAACCAAAAUUCGAUCGAAUUCUUAAAUAAAUUAUAUCACAAUUUAAUAAAAAUAAAUAAAUGAAUAAAAAAAACAAAAAAAUCCCAAAAAAACAUACAUGUAAACAUUUAAAAUUUAACUAACUAAUUAAAUUUAAUUCUAAAAUAAAUUCUAAUUAAAUUCUCAAAAUAAAAUAAAAAAAAACAAAAAACCAAAAAAAACAAAAA